AUGACAGGUUUCACCAGUCGGUCCAAGUCCUCCAGUCACCCGAGCAACCUGCAGGCGGGCGGGGCCAAGGGGGAGGCCCUCAGAGAGGAGAUGGAAGAGGCAGCCAAUAGGAUGGAGAUCUGCAGGGAUCAACUAUCAGCGGAUAUGUAUAAUUUUGUGGCCAAAGAAAUCGACUAUGCAAACUACUUUCAGACGCUCAUAGAGAUCCAGGCAGAAUAUCACAGGAAGUCUCUAGAGAUCCUCCAGAGUGUCCUGCCCACCAUUAAGGCUCACCAGGAGGCGUGGGUGGAGAAGCCUUCGUAUGGCAAGGCCCUGGAGGAACACCUGACUAUCAGCAGCAGAGAGAUCGCCUUCCCCCAUCGAGGCCUGUGUCACAAUGCUGCUGGAGUGUGGCAUGCAGGAGGAGGUAUAGGAAAAGAUGAAGCCUGCUUUACACUAAGUUUCCCAGACCCAGGUCUGUUCAGAGUUGCCCCCUCGGCCUCCAAGCUGAAGAAGCUGAAGGCCUCCCUGGACUGUGGUGUUAUGGACGUACAGGAGUAUUCAGCUGACCCCCACGCCAUCGCAG